AUGCAGAGAAACAGAGCUGGAUUCUUUGAGGACUCAUCCACAAAGUUGGAAAAUAGUAACUUUAAAAACAUGCAUCGCAGACACACGACCCUCCGGGAGAAGGGAAGGAGACAGGCUAUCCGAGGCCCAGCCUACAUGUUUAAUGAGAAGGGGACAAGUUUGACCAUGGAGGAAGAACGCUUUUUGGACUCUGCUGAGUAUGGUAACAUUCCAGUGGUCAGGAAGAUGCUUGAGGAAUCCAAAACACUAAACUUUAACUGUGUUGACUAUAUGGGACAAAAUGCCCUGCAGCUAGCAGUGGGAAAUGAGCACCUAGAAGUCACAGAACUGUUGCUGAAAAAGGAAAAUCUGGCCAGAGUUGGUGAUGCACUCUUGUUGGCCAUCAGCAAAGGCUAUGUGCGGAUUGUUGAGGCAAUACUGAACCACCCAGCCUUUGCCCAGGGGCAGCGACUGACCCUCAGUCCCCUGGAACAGGAGCUACGGGAUGAUGAUUUUUAUGCCUAUGACGAAGAUGGAACCCGCUUCUCUCAUGACAUCACCCCCAUCAUUCUGGCUGCCCACUGCCAGGAGUAUGAAAUUGUACACAUCCUCCUUCUUAAAGGGGCCCGUAUAGAAAGGCCCCAUGACUAUUUCUGCAAGUGUAACGAAUGUGCUGAAAAGCAGAGAAAAGACUCCUUCAGCCACUCAAGAUCCAGAAUGAAUGCAUAUAAAGGAUUAGCCAGCGCUGCCUACUUAUCUCUGUCCAGUGAAGAUCCUGUCCACACUGCCUUAGAGCUAAGCAAUGAGUUAGCCAGACUGGCCAACAUUGAGACCGAAUUUAAGAAUGAUUACAGGAAGUUAUCUAUGCAAUGCAAGGAUUUUGUGGUGGGUGUGCUGGACCUCUGCAGGGACACAGAAGAAGUGGAGGCAAUUUUAAAUGGUGAUGUGAACAUCCAAGUCUGGGCUGAUCAUCAUCGUCCAAGUCUGAGUCGAAUCAAGCUUGCCAUUAAGUACGAGGUCAAAAAGUUUGUUGCUCACCCUAACUGCCAGCAGCAGCUGCUUACCAUGUGGUAUGAAAACCUCUCAGGCUUACGACAGCAGUCCAUAGCGGUGAAGUUCCUGGCUGUCUUUGGGAUCUCCAUUGGCCUUCCAUUCCUUGCCAUAGCCUAUUGGAUCGCCCCCUGCAGCAAGUUAGGACGGACCCUGAGGAGCCCUUUCAUGAAGUUUGUGGCCCAUGCCGUAUCUUUCACCAUCUUCCUGGGAUUGUUAGUUUUGAAUGCGUCAGACCGGUUUGAAGGCGUUAAAAACCUCCCUAAUGAGACCAACACGGAUUAUCCAAAACAGAUCUUUAGAGUAAAAACCACCCAGUUCUCAUGGACAGAAAUGCUUAUCAUGAAGUGGGUUUUAGGAAUGAUCUGGUCUGAAUGCAAGGAGAUUUGGGAGGAAGGACCCCGAGAAUAUGUCAUGCACCUGUGGAACCUCCUGGAUUUUGGGAUGCUGUCCAUCUUUGUGGCUUCAUUCACAGCAAGGUUCAUGGCUUUUCUAAAAGCCAGUGAAGCCCAACUGUAUGUGGAUCAGUAUGUACAGGAUGAUAACCUCAACAAUGUUACACUUCCCCCAGAAGUGGCCUACUUUACGUAUGCCAGGAACAAAUGGCGGCCCUCUGACCCUCAGAUCAUAUCAGAAGGACUAUAUGCCAUAGCCGUGGUAUUGAGCUUCUCCCGCAUUGCUUACAUUCUUCCAGCCAAUGAGAGCUUUGGGCCCCUGCAGAUUUCUUUGGGAAGAACAGUGAAGGAUAUCUUCAAGUUCAUGGUCAUUUUCAUCAUGGUGUUUGUUGCCUUCAUGAUUGGAAUGUUCAACCUGUAUUCCUACUACCUUGGUGCAAAAUACAACCCAGCAUUUACAACGGUAGAAGAAAGUUUUAAAACAUUAUUCUGGUCAAUAUUUGGCUUAUCUGAAGUGACCUCGGUGGUGCUGAAGUACAAUCACAAGUUCAUUGAGAACAUUGGCUAUGUGCUCUACGGUGUCUAUAAUGUUACCAUGGUGGUCGUGCUUCUCAAUAUGUUAAUAGCCAUGAUCAACAACUCAUAUCAGGAAAUUGAGGAGGACGCAGAUGUAGAAUGGAAGUUUGCCCGAGCUAAGCUUUGGUUAUCUUAUUUUGAUGAAGGUCGGACUCUACCUGCUCCUUUUAACCUAGUGCCAAGUCCUAAAUCAUUUUACUAUCUCAUAAUGAGAAUCAAAAUGUGCCUCAUAAAACUCUGCAAAUCCAAGGCCAAAAGCUGUGAAAAUGACCUUGAGAUGGGCAUGCUGAAUUCUAAGCUGAGGAAAUCUCGCUACCAAACCAACAUGGGGAAUCCUGAUAAUCUUACUGUGAAGAACACAUUCAGUAAGCCCACAAGAUAUCAGAAAAUCAUGAAGCGUCUUAUAAAAAGAUACGUCCUGAAGGCCCAGGUGGAUAGAGAAAAUGAUGAAGUCAAUGAAGGAGAACUAAAGGAAAUCAAGCAAGACAUCUCCAGCCUCCGAUAUGAGCUUCUUGAAGAAAAGUCACAAGCAACGGGAGAGCUGGCUGGCUUGAUACAGCAGCUCAGUGACAAGUUUGGGAAGAAUUUAAACAGAGAUCAUCUGAUGAUGAACAAAGGCAAGGAUGACUAG